GUCAACUUUGUAGUGUGCCAACUGUUUGCCUUGCUUGCGGCUGUUUGGUUUCGAACAUACCUUCAUUCAAGCAAAACUAGCCCAUUUAUAAGACAUGUUGUUGCAACACUCUUGGGCCUUUAUCUUGCACUUUUUUGUUUUGGAUGGUAUGCCUUACAUUUUGUUAUACAAAGUGGAAUUUCCUACUAUAUCAUGAUCAUAACAGGAGUGGAAAAUAUGCACAAGUAUUGCUUUGUUUUCGCUUUAGGAUACCUCACUGUGUGCCAAAUUACUAGGGUCUAUAUCUUUGAUUAUGGACAGUAUUCUGCUGAUUUUUCUGGUCCAAUGAUGAUAAUUACACAGAAGAUCACUAGUUUGGCAUUUGAGAUUCAUGAUGGAAUGUUUCGAAAAAAUGAAGACUUGACUCCAUCCCAGAGGUGUUUAGCUGUAAGACGCAUGCCAAGUCUACUGGAGUAUUUAAGUUACAACUGUAAUUUCAUGGGUAUCCUGGCAGGCCCGUUAUGCUCUUACAAAGACUAUAUUACUUUCAUUGAAGGCAGAUCAUACCAACUGCAACAGUCUGAAGCAAAUGGGAAGGAAGAUACAAAGUAUGAACAAACGGAUCCUUCCCCAAAUAUAGCCGUGGCACAGAAGCUCUUGAUCUGUGGACUGUCCUUGCUCUUCCACAUGACUAUUACAAAAACUUUGCCUGUGGAAUACAACAUUGAUGAUAACUUCAGAGCUACAGCAUCAUGGCCUGUAAGGUUUUUCUACCUGUAUGUGUCUCUUAUGGCUGCCAGACCCAAGUAUUAUUUUGCAUGGACUUUAGCAGAUGCAAUUAAUAAUGCAGCGGGGUUUGGCUUUAGAGGCUAUGAUAAAAAUGGAGUUACGCGUUGGGAUCUAAUAUCAAAUCUGAGAAUCCAGCAAAUAGAGUUUUCCACAAGUUUCAAGAUGUUUCUUGAUAACUGGAAUAUCCAAACAGCUCUUUGGCUCAAAAGAGUGUGCUAUGAGCGAGCCACCUUCAGCCCAACGAUCCAAACCUUCAUUCUUUCUGCCAUCUGGCACGGGGUUUAUCCAGGAUAUUAUUUAACAUUUUUAACAGGAGUACUAAUGACACUAGCAGCGCGAGCUAUAAGAAACAAUAUCAGACACUAUUUUGUUCAAUCUGCUGCUGUUAAACUAUGUUAUGAUAUUGUAACAUGGAUGGCAACUCAAGCAGCAAUAAGUUACACAGUCGUGCCGUUUGUACUGCUCUCUGUGAAACCCUCUCUCACCUUUUACAGCUCCUGUUAUUUCUGUCUUCAUAUUGCCAGCAUCCUAGUGUUGUUGGUUUUUCCAUUGAAAAGAACUCAAAAAGGAAGUAAAAAGCAUGAAAGUGUCCAGCCUGUGUGGUCCAGAAAGCUAGAAGAAGAAAGUCUUUUGCAAAAGAACAAUUAUUCCACAACAAAUAAUAGUUUUAGUCAGAAUCAAGAAAUAACCUGCAGAUAUCAAGCAUUAAAACAGUGAUUGAGGAAAUACUAUGAUGAAUAUAUUUUGUAUGUUUUCAGAAACCCAUUUUUAGCACCUUUUAAAGGGGUUUGUAUUUGUUUGCAAAGAUAUUUAGUAAGAAAAGAAUGCAUUACUUAGGAAAAAUCACAAACAGUAGCAAGACUGGAAACAAAACAAAUUAACUCCUCCCAUGCCAUGUCCCUGUGGGUCACGCCUUAUAUGAAGAUAUUACCAUUACUUCAAUGGGCACUCAGGACUUGCAACGUAUGUCCAUGGGGUCAUAUGCGUGCCCUCUGCUGAAUGUACGUUGUGUAUCCCAAGGCACUGAUGGGGUGGAAUAAAAUUGUGUCAGUCUAGGAUUAACAAAUGGAAAUUAAUUUUCCAACUGAAUGACUUGCCUUAAACCCUCUAUUUACUGAAAUAUUGUUUCUAAGUGGGUAUUUCAAGUUUGAUUUUAUGUGGAAAGUAUUUCAAAUAUAUAACACUAUGUGCUAUAAAGAAGAUAAUGAAAGGAAAUGCAAAGUCACUAGAAGACUUUGCAGUCUUUCAAAGGGAAUUGCAAUAAGCAUCUCAGUAUUUGGAGGGUUUUCUUAUCUCAAACUAUUAGACUACAUUACUGAACUGUAAACAUUGAUGCCAAAUUAUAGUUAGGUUUCUUUAAUAAAGAGUAUAACUACUCUGAAUGGAUUAAAAUGGCCCUUCUGAACAGAUUAAAAACACCUGAAGAUUUACUUUUUCCAGGGUAAGCUGGUAGCUGAUAGCUCUAAUGUAGGUUUCUUUUACUUUAAAGUACCUAAAGUACUUUAUUUUAAAGUACCUAAAGUUUCUUUUACUUUUAAAGUACCUAAAUCCAAUAAUACACUGCCAAGUGGGCAUUGCAGCCAGAGGGGGAAAGGCAGCCACAAGGCACAGAAGACAAUGUACAAGCACUGGGAUUUCAAUGAAAGUGCAGUUUUGCCCUUAAAUACCAUAAAUACUUGUUCUAGAAUAGAACUGUUUUACCAAAAGUAAUUUUUAAUACUUAAAGUUAUUUUGAAUUUUCAGGCAUCAGUUAGUUGAUGAUGCCUUCAGUAUAAAAUAACAAAAUUACCUUGAAGCUCCAGCACGUGGGUAGUCAAACAUGAAAUGACUAUCACAACCAAUUUCUGUAUGCUUGAGAAUUGAUGAACCUUUAUCCAAAGAAGUGUGUGAAUUUGAGGAAAAGCUUUUUCUUUGAAUUAGAAUUUUAGAUACAAAUUUCAUGUCAUAUUUCUGGGUAACAUAAUGAAAGAAAGAAGUCCUUCAGAAUAUCUGACUGUCUGAAUUAUGGAAGUGUAAUUCCACAAAUCAAGGAAACAAUAUAGUGGUUAUAUCUAUUUCCAAUCAUUUAUUGUGAUGAUGGUUAGUGCUAGAGUACUACUGUUAAAGGGCUACAUUUUAAUUGCAUAUAUUCUGUAUUUUCAUAUAAUUUUUUUAAGUAAAUAUAAGAUGUUUAUCCAUGUGGGGUUUAUUCUUAAUUUAAACCAGAUACAAAAUAAUACUAGAGAAAAAUAAUGCAGUUGAUUGAUUAAUAACUAACAAAUGAUUAAGAAAAUUUUGUCAUAAUAUUUUGAAACCUAAAGUUUUAAUCAAAUAUCUAGCUCCUGUUGGAUGAGUAUUCUUACUGCCAGAAGUGCAAUGAUGGUCCUCAGCUUUGGGGAUAUUGCCACGCAAAAAUCAUCACAGUACGCCUUGAAGAACCAGACCCUAAGUUAGGUCAGAGUUGUUUCCUUGCUGUCAUAACUCUCUGGCCCUUGGCUCCUUGCCUAAAACUCCAGGAAGAAGAGAACAUAAGUUCCCAUAUAUAUGAAUUGGGCACUAAUUAAUCUACUGUGAAAGGGGGAACUGAAUAUGAAAUGAGAGUGGAUGAGUCUGUUUAGAUGAGGAGGGAUGUUCAUUUCAAUACAGCUGUUUCACUGACAGCUGUGUUAUCUUUAAAAUAAUCUCACUUCUAAAUCCUUACUUUGAUUGCCCAGGCAGACUUCCCCUUACACGGGGUUGUGGUUGUCAUAAACUUCUUUGACAUCAUUAUGGUUUUCUUUUUGUUAAUGAGUAAGGGCAUGGUAGUUUGAUCAUCCUUGUUAGAUACAGAAUCAGGAAAGACUUUUUUUGCAUUCUGCACUUGAAGGGACAUUUACAUAAAGGAACAAAUUAGAUUUGCACAUUUCUGGGUGGGUAAGUAGAAAUAGGGUUGAUUCUUUCAGCAUUUGUUACUCUUGAAUUUAAAUUCAUCUUGCUGGUGCAGUCUCCAAAUCUAUUUAAAAAAAACACUUUUGGAUGCCAGUACAAUGUGCUGUUUUCCUAUUUAUGUUCUCGUGCUCUUGAUUUACUGUUUUGGCAUGUGUGCCCAUGUGUGCUGUGGAGGCUUAGUAACUCUUCUUAAUGAAAUAUGCAAACAGUUGUAAAGGCUCCCAGAAAAUGAGGUUUAGGGUUGUGCAGACUGGUACUUUAACAUGAGUGAAUUCAGAGGUACAGUUUUGUUCAGAACUUCUGUAUGUUUUAUGUUGGGAGGUUGAAACAACUAAGAAAAUACAUUCAUACUUUCAUUGAGCACAGGUGGCGAAAUACAGGUUUCAAAAUUGGACACAACUUUUUUUCUUCAUGAUUUGAACUCAGUAAUUGCAACACAAGAAAAAUAUUACAAAUAAUUCAGCACAGAAUUUAAGUAUAGUGUCCUAGGAUUUACCCUUUAAAUGCCAUUGUUAAAUAUAAAAGUACUUUGACUAAAAAUCUGCUCUUCACAAGAAUGAAUUCUCUUGGGGACUAUGGAAAGACCUGUUUUAUUUUAAUGACAGCACCCUGAUUUUAGUCAGACUGGGGUUUUGAUAUUUCUUUCCCUCUGCUUUACUCAUUUUCUGCCUUGCUAUCACACUGGAUAUUUUUUAUCCAGUCAGUCAUAAAGUCAAGAGCAGCCAGCCCCAAUGCUUAGAUAAUUUUUAGGUUUUACACACAUCAUUUGAUAAUACUGAAUUUGAAAGGAUGGAAGUGAUUUUUAUUGUUCUUCCUAGCAAAAAUUGUGGAAAGUAUAUUUCCUGUAAAUGUUUUGGACAUGAAGGAAACAUGGUUUUAAAAGUAUUCUUUCACUUAUUAAAUAAUGUAUAUCCAAAAAGUAAAAGUGUUUCCUGUAUUCCAGAUCAGCACACUAUGAAAAGUAAAUGCAACAUAUCAUUCCUAAUUUUAUGGUGCUUUGCAAAUAUUUGCCUAUUGUGAACAGUUCAUUCAGGCACUUAAUGAGUUAGUGUUAGUUAGUAAAUGCAGUCACCCCAAUCAUAACUAUUUGCUUGCUUAACAUUUUUUAACUUAUAUGAUUCUGUAUGAAUAAGAGAGAUAUAUAUUACAUAUUUAAAUAAUACUUUCAGUGGUGCCCACUACUGUUGUAAUCAAAAAGGCUUUGUAGCUUUGCAGUUACAGAUAUGCCCUUCUUAUUCAGGAAACUUAUUCUUCCCUGGCCAUUCCUUAAGUUGACAUGUAGACAAGAUUUCAGUAAUUUGUGACAUUUGAAGAUGUAUUACAUGUAAAAAUAUUGGUGUGCAUUUCAAUAUGCUCUUGAUUACAAAUCACACUUUAGUGAGAAGACCAUGAAGAGACCUUGGUAUAUUCCCUGCUCUACACUGACAUAUGGUGUAAGUUUUACCAAUAUAGUAAAUUAUUUAUUAGAGAAAUUUUACACUUUAAGAACUUGUUCUGUUUCCCCCAGGGGAAUAAGUAAUAAUAUAAAUGCUAGGUUUGUAUGACAGGGUGCACACUAGGUAGUUUUGCCUCUCUUGAUGGCAUUGAUUUGGAUAGUGGUAAAAUGUCUUCUGAUGCAGAGGAGAUGGUUGAGAUCAUCACCUCCUAAUUCAUAUCAAAAGUAAUUUUAGCAAAAUCUAGGGGUUUUUUCUCUCAGAAGCUUUGCAAACAAGUUGUUGACAAUUUGUUUAAAUACAUGAUCAAAUGUGUCUUCGCGUUUGCAUAAAAAUGUGUAACUUGCUUAUAUGUAAACUUUCACAUGUUCAACUUUAUAAGUUGGCCUUGAAAGAUAAAGAAAUUUAAAAGCACAAGCUAUAUAAUUUAGGCUUUCAUUUCCCUUAUCUUUAAUUCUUUCACUUUGUAAUUCUCAUUGAAUUCUGAAAUCAGGUUUGAGAAUUUAAUUUUCUUUGAAAAUUUUGAAAUACUACCAUCUAUGUAGAAAAGUGAUCAGUGUUAGAAAAACAGAUGGAAAUAAAUUUAGGGUGUUUAAUAUGAUGCAGACUAUGUAUUAAAAAAAUACACAUUAGUUCUGUGCUGAUUCAUGACAGCAUUUCACUACAUAUUGACCUUUAUGUAUUUAUUUAGGUUCAGUAAUACUCUGAACUGCACUUGGUGUAUUUUUUAAUUUUCUUGUUUAAAAAUCAAUUGACAAUAAGCACUUCAGUAAGUAUUUAAAUGCUACUCUGAAUAAGUAAGCAGGCACUCUAGUGAACUGAGCCUACUCUCAUAAGAUUACCAGAUCUGUCUGCAUCUCAGCUAGUUUGCACUGUUUAUCUUCAUCCUCAGAGUCUUGGUGGGAAAGGAUGGCAGUGGAGAAGUCUCUGGUCAGAACAUGUCCCAUCUGUGACUGGAAGGGUUCCCACAGGAGCUAACCCUGUGUGCAGAGCUUGGCAGAGGUUGUGCUUGCUUGUGACCCAGGCUGCAGCUGCUCUGUACUACAUCUGGCUGGAUUUUUGACAUGUUUGCUGUCUUAAUCCAGACAUUUUGCAAACAUAAUGAAAUCCAGGCAUCCACAAAGUCACCCUGCAAAGUUACAAUUACAAAUACUGCAACACUUGUUUAUUAUGGUCAAAGCUAAAUGAAAAAAAAAAAAUUUCUUAAAACUUAUUUCAGAAUGGGCUUUUGGUAGGUUUUUUACAAAAUCUAACCAUCAAAUGUAUCCAUUUCCAUCACAUUAAAUAUUUAAACCACAGUUUUGCUCAGUUUAGGUAUACAAAUGUGCGAAAGCAAAUGUUGCCACUUGAUCAUCAUUUGUGCAUUAGCUGUGUGUCCAGUGACUUAGACCUGGUCUUGGUUGUAGAUGGUUUUAGAUUUCUGAACCCAUGUGCAUAUCCACAUAAACAUUGCAUAAAUUUUGAAUUGAAAAACUGUGUGACUUCAGACUGAGAUCUGAGGUAGGACUGCUUCUGGAGGAAGGGUUUUUGUCUUGCUAGUGACUCAGUCCAGCACCUUAUUCCAAACAAACCUCUUGGCAAAAGGGACCUCUGCACAAUCUUCUUCCGUCCUUUUGUUCUCUAAGGGGAGGUACCCCAGGCUGGAUUUUCAUUUAGGUUUCACUAUAAUAUGUCAUAUGAAUAGAUAGCUGGGGUCCAUGCUCUAGCCAGAUUAGACUUGAAAACUGGGACAGUGUAAUCUGAAACAAAAAAAUAAAGAAAAUGGGGUGCCUAGAGAUUGGUAAUCAGAAAAUGCAACACUACUUAUUAAAGGUGCAACAAUUACUACAAUAAGUUAAGGAGUAUUUGCCUAUGCAUCUUUUGCCUUUCUCUAUGUUUUUCAGUUUCUCUUUACAUCUUUUCUUUGUACCUCUUCUGUCCAGUGGUGUUGACUAUUUCUGUGGAGAAUCUGCUGAUGUGUCUUACUGUGACAAAGGUGUCAAAAUGCUACAAUAGUAAUUAGGUAGUUACUCUUAAAUCCCAGACCUCAGAUGUGUUCUAGAUCAGUUAGAAGAGAACAUUCAAAAUGUAUUGGAUGAAAAAUAGUGUAAGAUGGGUAAUAUAGAAUUAUUCAAAGAUGUUGUAAUAAGUUAUUCAAUUUAAGAAUUUAAAAUAUGGAACUUUAUUCUUUCCUGCCUUGGUUACACGUUCAAAGGAAUAGUUUUACCUCAAUGCAGAAGUAGUUAUGCCUCCAACCACCCGUAUGUUAAGGUGAGAGAACACCCCUAAAAGUGGAUAGCUACAGUAUUCCUAAAUCUGCCUUUCCUGGUUCAGAUUAUAAUACAUUGUCGGUGAAUUUCAUUUUUAUUAUUCCAAAAUAUAUAUUUUUUAAAAAGUGUUAUUUUUCAACAGAUCCAUAAACUAAGUGUUGGUGUAUGGUAAAAUUAAAAUACCACUGUUAGUUACACUGUGAUUGUGAUAUUUUAAUAAUUACUUAUUUCUAAUUUGUCUCAGCAGUGCUGCAGAAGCAGCAUGCUGUUAUGUUUUAAAGGUGUUUUUAACUUGCCUAUAAAUGUUCUUUUCUAAUUUGUGUCUUUAAAUCUGAUUAAACUGUAGUUUAAAAAAAGCAAA